AACAGACAAUUACAUUCUUAGAUUUUUUUUUUUAAUUUCUUAAAUUCUUUUGUUGAAAUACAAAAGUUUUAGCCUGACCUUUAUCACACUGAUGGAUAUUUUUUAUAGACACAACAUCAUCGGUGUCAGGUGGAAACAUUAAUCAUUAAUCUGGUACUUUCUUUUGGAGCUUCACUUUGUGAUCAUCGCUUUUAUCACGCUGUCAGAGGUUUGGUUAGUACGGUCUACGUAGACAGCGGGAAUCAGGGAUGAGCACAUUUAGCUGCUGAAGCCUUUGAGGAAAUGGUCAGCAGCAUGAGGGUGACUCAACCAUUGUCAUGUGUUGUCUUGCACAUUCUUGCUGAGGUCUUUCUUUCCCUAUAACAAACAAUCCCUACUUCCACCACCUGAAUUUGGAAGUCAAAUAAAACUACUAACCAGUGCUGAUAAAAAAAAAAAUAAUAAUAAUAAAAUCACAUUUUGAGAAAUGAAAUGAAUGAAUGUAAUAAAGAUGGAUAUUUUGAAGAUUUUGGAGGACGAUACAUCAAAGUGAAGUCACGGCACCACGACCACAAUGAAACGCUCCAACUUCCCCUUCUGCGCUCUUCUCGUCAUCCUUCCCUCUGUCUGUGCUGGCAGAGCAGAGCUGCAGUCAUGCAUGUGGACACUGUCUUUCUUGUGUGUCCUCUGAUUUUUGCAGCAGCCUUGUGGAGGGACGUCCAGGCCGUCUCUCCUGUCCCCUCAGUCCCUGACCGUGUCCAGGCUCUUGUGGGCUCCUGUGUGGUGAUCCCCUGCUCUUUCACUCCUCCCGCUCCUCAUCCUAGCAGGGGCCGAAAGCAGAGGGUGGACGUCCGGCUGAGGUUCAGAGGUGGCGGCCACCUAUUCCCUCUCCGCAGCACAGCUUUUAACAGCGAGGACAGAGAUCAAGUGAGCAGGGAUUUCCUAGGCCGGACGUCCCUCUUUGGACGGAUCGCAGAUGGAGACUGCUCAGUGAAGAUCGAAAGGAUCAACCAGGACGACUCAAGGGUGUUUGAGGUCGCUCUGAAGAAAGGUGAUGACUUACUCUGGGGGCAGCCAAGGAGGCUCAGUUUGGAUGUUGUAGACACUCCUGAGGCUCCUGUCAUCAGCGGCAUGUUGGCAGCCACCGAGGGACAGCUGGUCACCCUGAACUGCUCUGUCAGCUAUCACUGCCCCUCCAGACCUCCGGCCCUGCAGUGGUUCUGGGAGCGAGGAGCCCAGCUGAACGUCACCGAGCCCGGGGCGGUGCAGACGCUCCACCCAGAGCCCCACAGGCCGAUGUUGCUGGUCUCCGUGUCCUUCACCGUGUCACACAAGGUGAAACCCAGGCUCAGAUGUGAAGUCAGCCACCCUGGAGGAAAGGCACUGGCCACCUCGAGGGAUCUGCAUGUGACAUUUUCCCCAAAAGAUGUGAUGGUCCAGGUCCAGUCCCUGAUGGUGCAGGAGGGGGGCAGCGCCUUGUUGGUCUGCACAUGUAAAGCUGACCCGCCGGCGUCCGAGUACCGCUGGUCCUACAGUCAGCACGGCCGCACGGUGCACCUCCACCAGCGCACACACUCAGUCCGGGUGUACAACGUGACCCGGGACAUGAGGGUCCGCUGCACAGCGCAGAACCUGAUUGGUCGAGGGGAGUCUCGUCCCACGCCGCUGAACAUACAAUACAAACCGCUCAUCCUCCCAUUCUCCUCCUCAUGUGUGCUGGAGGAUUCGGAGGUUUUGUGUCGCUGUUCGGUCGACUCCAACCCCAAACCAGCAGUCACCUGGAGCGUAAACGGGACCGUUCCGCCUCAUGAUAUCAACGUGUCAGUGUCAUCUGAGCCCGGCAUGCUGACAGCCACUCUGAGGGGCCACAUGGACGAACCCCAGACGGUGAUCUGCUUCGCUGUCAACGCCCUGGGAAAUGACUCCCUGAUGCUGCUGCAGGGAGGAGAAGACAUGGCACCAUUAUUGCUGUGGUUGGUCAUCCCUGCUGCAGCCAUCUGCCUGGUCGUAUUCCUUCUGUCUCUCCUUUUCUACUGCUGCCGAAAGAGAGCUGAAAAACAUGUCCUGAGGAGAAGCCCAGCUGUGUACCCUGGAGGCCUGGGGAUUUAUCAGGACCGGACACCGCUCUACAUUAACUGCACAGAAGUGACUCAUAUCUACACCAAUGGCAGCUACCAACUUGUGUAUCAGAACUGCACGCCUCUUUUUGUUCAUACUAAGCAGAUCCGUCCAAUGGGCCGAAGAGGUGGAGAGAGAAGAAGAGGUGGAGGUGAGGGUGGAGGAAUAGACAGACAAGCGGGUUUGGGAGUUAGGCGCACAAGAGAGGUGCAGAGUGAUGCAGGCGACGCAGACACGGCGAUCUACCUGGAGAUCCUCUGAGCUCACUGUGGAGAACACACGUCUCAUUAGACUUCAUAUACAUUCACACUGAUUGUAAUGUAUAGUUCAUGUAACUUACAGCUAUUGUAUAUAUUGUACAUGUAUAUCUUUGUGUCCCAAGCAUUUCACAACUGUGCACUAUGUCAUCUUUGGUCUAUCUAUAUAAUCUCCAUAUUGAACAAUUUCUGUGUCUUUGAGUGAGGGCCUGUGACCUACAUCUGUGCUCCUUUUUUAUAUAAAAGAUAAAAAGGUUUGAUAAAAGUGGUUUCCCACCAUCUCUUCUUGUGUCAGUACAACUCAUGCAAGCACAGAUCCUCAUAUUUCAUUUGAUCGCAACCGUCCGCUGCUUCAAAUGGAUUUGUAAAAGCAGCUGCAGCAUGUCAUGCACAAACUUAUCCUCAGGCGGAGUUUAAAGUUCCUAUGCAGGGAAAAAGAUUGCAGCUGAAGCUGUAAUGUAUUUUUAAUCAAUUUAUUACAUAAGUGAGGAAAUGUGUCAUGCUCGGGAGAAACGCAAAGACAUUUCAGUGCAGGAAGAGCACAAGUGUCAUCAGUAACAUAAACAAUAGACCUGCGCUGUUAAACAUCACAGUAAGUCCUAAAUACGUAAAUGGAAUGAAGCCAUUUGUUACGACCAACAUCUUAUUUGUUUUUCCUCACAGAAUAGCACAAACGUGUUAAUAGAAUUGUCAUCUGCUGAAAGUGUUAAACUCUUGUGUUUAAUUUAA